GAACGCGUGCGCCUUACUAUGAUCGGUCGUAGGGAAAUGUUCCUUGAUCGCUCGAGGUGACGAUGGCUUGUGAUUUAUGUUUAGGUCCCCCUAGUGAAGAAGCAAGUUAUAGGACAGCCAUUGGUCGUGAGGACCGACUUCGGGCGUUGUUGUCUAACAAUGCUAGUCGACGUUAGUAGAGAAAGACGACUCUGCGAUCUUGAGAUAAACCCCAGAGGACGUAGAGCACAGAAGUCGGCCGUGGCUUAUACUCUUGCCUUUUCACAGAUGAUACCGACGAGGUAUCCCGACGGAAAAGCCCGCACGGGUUGUGCUAAGGAGAGUGGACAUAAAUACAGAGGACGGCCCAACUUUCUUCGCCCACGGAACCGCACCUCGAUCGCAAAACUCGCACAGCAAUUUCUCCGCGUUAGCAGGCGCACCUCUAUUUAUUUCUCUUCAGCCCUGCCGUGCCCAAAUAAACCCACGUCGUUAUUCGCAGCAUGCCGGAAGACGUCUCGGAAAUGCGAGCGGACUGGGACCGGGUCGACGGCCAGGGGUAUAUCCUGGACCGCAACCGCAAGCGGCGACACGCGGCGGCCAGCCGCCUGAACCUGCAGUUCUACCUGUGGCAGGACACGCUCGGGUUCAACAUCCAGCCGACGGUCGCGGCGGCGCUGCCGCGCGCCGCCGCCAUCGCCGAGGUGGCGUCGGGGACGGGCCUGUGGCUGGGGGCGGUGUCGCGGCAGCGGCCUGAGGCGCGCUGCGACGGGCUCGACCUGAACCUAGGGACGGCACCGCCGGCGGCCUGGCUGCCGGCCAACGCGCAGCUGCGGCGCUGGGACGUGCUCGGCGCGGUGCCCGACGACAUGGCUGGCGGCUACGACUUCGUGCACACGCGGCUGCUCCUGUUCGUCGUCGAGGCCGGCGACCCGCGGCCCAUCGCGCGCAACCUGUGGCGCCUGCUCAAGCCUGGCGGCUACGUGCAGUGGGACGAGGCUGCCCUCGAACACACGCGCGUCGACAAGACCGACCCGGGCCUGGCCACGCCGGCACUAGACCAGCUCGCCGCAUGGUUGCGAGCGCGGCGUCACAACUGGGGCACUCAGCUUGCUCGUUUCCUGGGUGAGGAAGGGUUUCAGGAUGCGACGAUCGAGUCCUUCGGCGACCGGCCCGACCUCGCCCGCGCCGUCAGCGGGGCGAAUCUCCUUGGUGUAGAAGAGGUCGCCGAGUGCAUGGCCACGCUAGGCGAGUCGGAGACGGCCGCUAAGUACUUCCGGCUCAUCGAGGAGGCGCACGAGGAGUCAAUAGCCGGCGCGGCCCUCUGCGUUCCGCGGGUUGUGUGCACUGCGCGGAAGCCAUUUUAAGAACCACGUUUAGGAUGGAUGUUGGUGCUUAUGACGAGUCCUUCUUACGCCGGACUGCGACGGCCGCGUUAUCUUGACGUGGGCCUACGUUCAUGGGGAAAGUCGUUUGCAUGUAAACAUACAAAAAGCCCGGUCCGUGAAGGGGUGGCCCAUAGAGGGGUAUCCAGCUUAACUUACCUCACCAAAAUUAUCCGAGGCCUGGAAGCCAUCGUCGUCCUCUUCAUUAAGCGCACCGAGGUA